GCAAGAUCUUCAACUAUUUUGGCAGCUUGAUAGAGAAAAAUCAGCAUGGGUUCCUAUGCUAAUGGAAGCACCUGUGCAAAUGAAGAUUCUCCAUUAGCAGAGGAGAUGAAAGAACCGGCUUUUCCUUCAAAAACGAUGUCACUGCAUGCUAAUGGCUGGUUGAAUGACAUGAAGAUAUCCUCGCCUACUGCUGUCCGUGUGAAUAUCGGUAACCCCGGUGCUUUUGAUCCGAUCUACCGAGAUUGGACUAAGAAGUAUCCUUCAGCACUGAACGCAUUUGGAAAAAUUGUUGCCUAUGGCAAAGGCAAGAAGACAGUGUUGUUCUUGGACUACGAUGGAACCCUGUCACCAAUUGUCGAUGACCCAGACAAUGCCAUCAUGUCUGAUCAGAUGCGCGAGGUGGUGAGGAAUGCUGCAUUGCAUCUUCCCACGGCGAUUAUCAGUGGAAGGUCUUGUGAUAAGGUGUUUGAUUUUGUUAAAUUAACCGAGCUGUACUACGCUGGUAGCCAUGGAAUGGAUAUCAUCGGUCCAAUUGGGAAAAGUGGUUCUGUCACUGAUCAUAGAAGCUGCAGUAACUCCAGUGCGAAGCAGGACAAGGAGGUGAAGAUCUUCCAGGCUGCUAGUGAAUUCAUACCAAUGAUCGAUGAGGUUUUUAGAUUGCUCAUCGAGAAGAUAAGGGGAAUCGAUGGCGCAAAAGUUGAAAACAACAAGUUCUGCGUGUCAGUACACUACCGCAAUGUCAACGAGAAGGAUUGGCCAAUCGUUGCACGGUGCACAGAUGAUGUCCUGAAAGCCUAUCCUCGCCUCCGACUGAGUCAUGGACGAAAGGUUUUAGAAGUUCGUCCGGUGAUAGACUGGAACAAGGGAAAGGCUGUGGAGUUCCUGUUGGACUCCCUAGGGCUAGCUGAUUCUGACAAUGUGCUCCCUAUCUACAUUGGAGAUGACCGUACUGACGAAGAUGCAUUUAAGGUUCUACGAGAAGAUAAACGGGGUUUUGGAAUUUUGGUGUCAUCUGUACCAAAGGAAUCUCACGCAGCUUAUUCUCUUGCGGAUCCAUCUGAGGUGAUGGACUUCCUGAAGAGAUUGGUGAAAUGGAAGGAGGAAGAAGCAUUUAAAUAACAACAAACUAGUUGAUAAUAUUUAUUGAUGGUUUUAGGGUUAAUUUCUGACAAAAAGGACUAGGGAACUGAAUUGUGUAUAAUAUUUACUGUAGACCCUGUAGCCAAUCUCUUCUUUUAGUGUGCAGCAGGUUUGCUAAAAUGCUGUGUCUUCAUGUAAAAGAAUGCAAAGCAUUCUGCACCAGUCAAGUCUUAUGAACAAUAAGCUUCACCAAUUAGUCCAACA